CUGUGUACCUCCCUACUUAUCUCUGCCUAAAACAGUAGCGUUGUGCAUCUCCUUACUCAUUUCUGGUAGUGCGUUCGAUAUUUACAGUAUACUAGUUCUACAGAUUUGCUUAAUGACGAAUGUCUAUAAGUGUUUUCAAGCUUUUACACUCUUGACUUAAAUAAUUAGUGUCAAGUUGACAAACACAAGUUGUUAACAUUUCAUAUGACGUAUUGCGGUAACACUGCAAGGGACGCACAGCUGUUAUAUGACGACUUACACUCAACGAUAUGACUAACAUUCGGACAUACAUUAAUCUGUGAAGUUUAUACAGUUUUAUCCAAGGAGAAUGUGUGUGCGAUAUAUUUCCUUGUAAAAUGAUUGUCCGUUCAUAUAACUUGGGUAGGUUAUAUUGCAUAAGAAUAAUGGAAUUCACAAGCAGCUAGUGAGUGUAAUGAAGAGUGAAAAUAUGGAUCAAGAAAAAGAAAGUGAAACAAACAUUUUAAAAAUUUCAAAAAACAUGGGAAUUCCUGAUCCUGAACAACGCCUAAAAGCACUUUCGGAUUAUGGUACUGCCAUCGAUAUAGAUGUUAAUAUUCCACCACGAAGGUACUACCGAUCUGGUGUAGAAAUGCUGAGAAUGGCAAAUGUUUAUAUGAAGGAAGGAAGCUUUGAGAAUGCUUUUACCUUAUAUAUGAAAUUUCUCACAAUAUUUUUGGAGAAAAUUAGAACGCAUCCACAUUUUAAUACAGUACCCUUAAAAGACAGAGCUAUGAUUCAGCAGGCAUUAAGAGAUGUCAUGCCAAAGGCAGAAUCUUUAAAAAAACAUUUAUUGGAACAAUACAAGGCAGAGGCAACUAUAUACUUAGAGCAUUGUAAAGCAAAACAGAAACUUGCAGAAGAAAGAGAAAAGCUUGAAGAAGAAUGCAGGUUAAAGGAGGAGGAGAAUAGAAAAAAUAAACUUGCAGCUUGGGCAAUAGGUAAGGAUGGAAAGGGUACACUGAGCAUCCCUGUAGUACCAAAUACAACGGAUGACAAAUUGAAACCACAGAUCGCGAUACCCGCGCCACAAAUACCUUCCCAAAAAGAUAAUACAGCUAAAACUUCCAGGGACAAGGAUACUCCAGUUGUGGACCGUUCAACUAAACCAUCCUUGUUUCAUGGUGAUAAACUGGCAUUGCGUGAUGUAAUUUUACCAAACAUGUUAAUGCAGGAAUUCUUAAAAUUGGCGCUCAGUAAUACCAUUAAAAAUAAGGAGACUUGUGGUAUAUUAGCUGGAAGAUUGGAGCGAAACCAAUUGUUAGUAACUCAUUUGCUCAUUCCCCAGCAAACUGGAUCUCCAGACUCUUGUGCUACACACAAUGAGGAAGAUAUUUUUGAUUAUCAGGAUCAACAUAGUCUAAUAACAUUGGGAUGGGUGCAUACUCAUCCCACACAGACAGCAUUUCUAUCCAGCGUAGAUCUUCAUACACAUUGCUCCUAUCAGCUUAUGAUGGCAGAAGCAAUAGCAAUUGUUUGUGCUCCUAAAUACAGAGAAACUGGCUUUUUUACAUUAACACCAGAAUAUGGAUUAAACUUUAUUGCUAACUGUAGAGAAACAGGAUUUCAUCCGCAUCCUACAGAGCCAGCCUUAUAUACGAAUGCCAAACAUUGUAAAGUGGAUGGGUCCGCAUUGAUUGAAGUGGUUGACUUAAGAAAAUAAUGAUUUUUUUUAUAUACAGUAUCCAUUCUGAUAAGUAAUGCGACUUUCACUGAUAAUUAUUUAAUUCACGCUGAUGUUAUUUGUUAACGAUUGAUGUUAACGAUUUAUUGAAAAAGUAACAUUAUAGCCAAUUGCGUAUAUAACAGGUAAUAAUUAUACAAACAAAUAUAUCACCUUUGAAGCUUCAAAA